CUCAUCGGUGUAAGGAGUUUUAUCAGUGAUUCAGAUGAGAUACAGGUGGACGAAGAUGGCCAUGGCACUCACACAGCAAGCACUGCCGCCGAAAACUUUGUGAAAAGGGCCAAUGUGUUUGGCAAUGUCAAUGGCACCGCAGUUGGCGUAGCACCGCUUGCUCACUUGGCCAUUUACAAAGUAUGUUCGUUUGACUGUUCUGAUAGUGACAUAUUGGCUGGAAUGGACGCUGCUAUUGAGGAUGGUGUUGAUGUGCUUUCCAUCUCCCUUGGUGGAUUUUCCAAUCCUUUCUCCGGAGACAGUGUAAUUGUUGGUGCAUUUACUGCAAUGCAAAAAGGCAUUUUUGUGAGCUGCUCAGCUGGUAACUCUAGUCCGUUCAAUUUCUCAUUAUCGAAUGAGGCCCCAUGGCUUCUCACCGUUGGUGCAAGCACUAUUGAUCGAAGCAUAAGGGCCACUGCAUUGCUAGGAAACGCUGAAGAAUUCGAUGGCGAGUCAGUCUUCCAGCUUAAAGAUUUCCCUUUGACGUUGUUGCCUCUUGUUUACCCGCAGUCAAACGGAACCGAAGAUUAUGCUCCAUUUUGUGCCACGGGAUCAUUGAACAACACAGACGUCAAAGGGAAGGUAGUGUUGUGGGAUGCUGGUGGUCCGGUAACAAGAGUAGGCAAAGGACAAACAAUAAAGGAUGCUGGUGGAGCUGCCAUGAUUUUGAUGAACCAAUACUAUAGGGCCUACACUACCUUCGCUGAUGUUCAUGUCCUUCCUGCAACACAUGUGAGUUAUGCUGAUGGAUUAAAGAUCAAGGCCUAUAUAAAUUCAACAUCAAGGCCGAUGGCUACAAUCUUGUUCAGAGGAACCAUAACUGGGGAUAAUCAUGCUCCUAUGGUUUCCGCAUUCUCUUCCAGGGGCCCUAAUUACGCAAGCCCAAGAAUUCUGAAACCUGACAUUAUUGGUCCCGGUGUGAACAUUCUUGCUGCUGGCAUCGCAGCUUUGCUCAAAGCUGCACACCCCAGUUGGUCUCCGGCUGCCAUCAAGUCCGCUAUCAUGACUACUGCUGAUCAACUAAACCUCGACAACAAGCCCACCAUCAAUGAUAGUCUACUCCCAGCUGAGUCGAUGUUAGUGUUAAGCCUACUAGGUUGGACUUCUCAGAUGUGA